AUGCGGAUAUCUCGUGCAGUCUUCUCCUACAAAAGGUGGAACGAGAGAGCGACAGAAUAUCUGCAAACAAAACCAGGAAGGAGGUUACGAAUAGGGUUGCUAGCUGGUACUAUAGUUGCGUAUCCUAUUGCUUCUCUGCUGACCAAUGGACCUUUCGUUAAUUUUAGCUUCCCUUACAGGUUUUCGGUUGAAACACUUCCAUUAAGAUUGAAGAAGAUUGCUGAAGAGGAAUAUGCACGAUUCCUCGAAACUGAAUCUCGAGUGCCCAAAGAUGCGGUAGUCACGCAACAUAUCGGGAAAGCUCUGGGUGAUUAUGAAACUGUAGCUGCCGGCUCUCUCGGCGUUAGAACGGGAUUACAUGUUGCUGUUCCAUUUCAUGCUCAAUUCGAGAAUGUCGAGCAGGCUUUAGAAUACUUCAGAAAUCACAAUAUCGAUGCGAUUGAUUUCCUUGGUACCAAAGUGCCCAUACAGUGGGAUACACCGUCAGGAACGGAGUUAGCGUUCUCAUUUGUACUUUCAGAAAAUGCACUUCGUUUUAUGUUCUUACGCGAUUUACACGCACACGAUGGAUAUGCAUCACUGGCACAACGAAGCAUAUCUUGGGCAACAUGGACUUCAUUUACGAGUAUUUUCACUUACUGGUUACACAAUUCAGCCAAAAUAUGUGGCGGAUCUGCGAUGUCAUUUGCUGUAAUUUACACAUUGUUCGUUUCUGCUGCAUGGUUUGCUAACAAACAGUGGUAUGACUUAUACAGGUAUGUGACUGAUGUGCAUGCUGACAGUGUUUCCGCGCGCACCUCUUUCAAUCAUUGCGAAGGAGGUAAAGAGUUAUAUUGGAAGCAGUUGAAGCGGCACAGAAUCAUGCGUGAUAUUUGCCCAGAGCUCAGGCCUAAAGUCAGCCCAUCCGGUGAUGUGCGAGGAAUACCUACAUCUAUAAUUACGAGAUACGAUCAUCUAAAAGUUGGAGGGAUGUACUCGGCGGUAAUUGGCUUAGCGGCAUGUGGAAUUUCCUCUGUGUUUUUCGGAAGUGCCUUCGUGCCUGUGAAAAAAUUUGAUCCAGGAAAUGGAGUCUUUGUACAAUGGGUAAUGUCAACUGCUAUUUUAUGCGUAGGAAUGAUUAUCAAUGCCGUCGAAGGUUUCCCUGUGUUCCAACCUCUUGCCAUGCUCGGAGGCGUUUUUUGGGCAUUAGGAAACGUGACAGCCAUUCCCAUAAUGAAUGUUCUUGGUCUUGGGAUGGGAAUGCUCAUAUGGGGUGCUACGAACUGUAUUACUGGAUGGGCAGUUGGAAGGUUUGGUCUAUUUGGUGUGAAUGGAACAGUACCUGAGUGGCCGCUACUUAACUACCUGGGGUUGCUUAUGGUCAUCGUAGGUGGUAUUUUCUUCGCACAAAUUCAUCCAUCUGUUCGCACGCCAUCCCAACUGGAGGAAUUCAGUGAAGAACCAGUAACACCUUAUGAGAGUGGCUCCGAAGAAAACAGCCCAUUAAUAAGCCCUGUUAGUCCCGUUGCAAUGAACCGUCGAUCGAAAAGAGUCCUAGCGAUUCUCACUGCACUCGUGGCGGGUAUUUUCUAUGGUGUCACAUUUGUACCAGUUAUUUAUAUACAGGAUCAUCCAGAAAAAUUCCCAGGAGCAUCAAAAAAUGGGUUGGAUUACGUGUUCUCACAUUACUGUGGUAUUUUUGCGACAGCCACUAUGCUACUCGUUUCCUAUAUUAUCUGUACUAAGAACAAUCCUAUUGUAAAUCGCCGUAUCAUUGGUCCAAGUUUGAUAGCUGGUUGUAUGUGGAGUUUUGCGCAGUCGUCCUGGUUCGUAGCCAACGAUAAUCUUUCCCAAUCCAUCACAUUCCCCAUUAUAAGCAUGGUACCUGGAGUUUGCGCAGCAAUGUGGAGUGUAUUUUAUUUUAAAGAGAUUACUGGAAAACGCAACCUUAACAUUUUGGUUGUUGCUGUUGCAACAACUCUCAUUGGAGCCUUUUUGGUGGGAAUCUCCAAGUGA